AUGCAAUCCAUUGCCCAAGUCCAAAACGUCCAAAAGAUCAACGCCGUCUCCACCGGCAAGGUCGUCAACGAAAAGUCCAUGAUGGUCUGGAGACCGCACGGCAACAAAGAUUGCUUCGCGCUCGAAAAAUGGGAUAUAUAUUUGUCCAAAGCAUAUAUACUUGCGAGCAAUUUACGCGCGGAUAUUCGUUGA